AUGGAGCCACCAGAAAAACCUGGACAUCCUGGUCUUGUCACCGGAGCUCAGAAAUCGGCGAAAGACUCCGGUACUCGUAACAAAAUGAUGUUGCCUUCAAGUGUCGCAAAUCAAAGUUAUAGUGUGUCUGCUUCCUCGCCAGCACCUGCUUCAACAUCGAUACCUUCAUCUGAGGGAAGUUUAGUGCCAAGUGAAGCAGCCGAUGGUGGUGGCACACAGGAGAGUCAUGAUGCCAUCAAUGUGGACAGUGAUGUUGAGGAACAACCUGUUACCAAGAAGGCAAAGAAAACCACCUCUGAAGUGUGGCAAUACUUCACCAAGUCCUGGGUGACAGUGGAGGUAAAUGGCAAGCAGGAACAACAAUGUUGGGCAAAGUGCAAUUUCAAAGGGUGCAAAAACAAGACUAGCAAGCAUAGAGCUGAGAGCAAUUUUGGAACAACUGCUUUUUGGACACAUCUUGCUAAUUACCACAGUAUAAAGAAAGGACAGCAGCAGCUCACAACAAAAAAAAAAAAUAAUGAGACAGGCAUUGCAACAGUCCAACCCUAUAAAUAUGAUCAAGAAGCUAGCUUGAGGAAGUUCUAUGAGGCAAUGAUUGUUCAUGAGUAUCCUUUCAAUAUGGUUGAGCAUGAGUUUUUUCAAGAAUGGGUCAAAUCCAUGCGUCCAAAUUAUCCUCUCAAGUCUCGUGUCACUGUUAGAAAGGAAAUCAUGGAGUAUUAUUCGGCUGAAAGAGACAAGUUGUAUGAAUACUUCAAAACCAUUCAAAGCCGGUUUAGUGCAACGAUGGAUAUGUGGACAUCCAACCAGAAUAAGGGUUAUAUGUGUGUCACCCUUCAUUGGGUUGAUGAUGAUUGGAAAAUUAAGAAGAGGAUUAUCAAUUUCCUCCAUGUUGAAGGGCGACACACCGGUGAGAGGUUGUCUUAUACGGUUAGUUCUUGUCUUUUAAAAUGGUAUGUUGAGAAAAAGAUGUUCUCUUUGACUUUGGAUAAUGCUUCUGCAAAUGAGGUUGCUGUUAAGGAUCUAAUUAAAGAGCUCAAGAAGCAUAGCAAUUUAAUGCAACUGAAAAGAUUAGGGCAUUUGUACUUGCUGUUAAGGGGUCUACAAUACAGUGGGAGGAGUUCCAAAAGUGUGCUGCUGAAUACUGCUUUUGCGAGGCUGACUUCCAUUGACCGCCACAGGUAUGGUAGUAUUGCUCCUUCAUAUCAUGAAUGGGAGAAGGCACAAAUUUUGAUUCCCUUCUUGAAAAAAUUCUUUGAGCUUACUGAGAUAUUCUCUGGUACUACCUAUCCAACGGCGAACCUAUUUUUUAGAGGCUUUUGUGAGAUUAAGAUAUUGCUAGCUGAUUGGUGCAUUAGUAAGGAUACCACUAUUUGUGGAAUGGCAAAUUCUAUGAGUGUCAAGUUUGAUAAGUACUGGAAGAAGUCUAAUAUUGCACUUGCUGUAGCAAAUGUUCUUGAUCCUAGGUUCAAGAGAAGAAUUGUAGAAUUUUACUUGCGAAAGUUCUAUAAUAAUUCCUACCAAGCUGAACUUGAAAAAUUCAAUGGUAUCCUAAGGAAGAUGUUUCAAUGCUAUGUUUCUGAUGCACCUUAUUCUUCAAAGAGCAAUAAAGAAGUUGAAGAACCGUUGGCAGAUCUAUUUAUGGGCAGCAACAACAUAGAUGAUGAUCUUGAUAACUACCUAUUUGAAAGUGACUCAUAUGAUGUUGAUGGAGAGUUCAGUGAAUUGGAAAGGUACUUAGCAGAACCACCAUUGAAGACCACUAAAGCCAACCAGAACAUGUUUGACAUUUUAGCAUGGUGGAAAUCUCAUAAGGAAGAGUAUCUUGUCCUGUCCCGACUUACUCGUGAUGUGUUGGCAAUUCAAGUUUCAACCGUUGCAUCUGAAUCUGCAUUUAGUGCUGGUGGUCGUGUCAUUGAUCCAUAUCGCAGCCGCCUUGAUCCUGACAUGGUACAAGCUCUUGUUUGCACUAAGGACUGGAUAAUAGCUACUAGAAAAGGUUCUAAGAAUGUUUCUUCGCUGCCUGGUGACCUUGAUGUUCUUGAAGCCAUUAAGAAUAAUCUAACGUUUGAGGAUGAAUUCUCAGAAAUGGGACGUGAUGACGAUGUGGCAAUUGAUAAUGAUGAUUUGCCUGAGAUUCAGUUGUAG